GUUGUGACGAAAAGCCAACUCAGCUAAUGUGAAGAAAUUUUUAAUACACAAAAAAAAUUUCGCACACAAACUGUAUUGUUACUAAAGCCGUGGUUUAGUUUAAUUCGAUUGUAAACAGUGCCAGAAAAACAGACAAUGCAAAAUGCGGCCAACAAACGCAAAUGCCCCAACCAAUACGCCGUGGAGUGAUUUCGCCAUUUACCUGACCAUAACACUAACACUUUCCCUUUCAUGUCUUCCGACGACGUGGGCUUUGUCCGACAAAAGACUGUGCGCUGACGAAAAAUGUGAACAGAUCAUCUCUUUCGGUACGGCUAAAAUCAGCUAUACGUCUGGAGAAGAUGGCAUGCUGUCCUUUAAGAUUCAUUCGCCGGUGCGCAUAUUGUCCAAGGGCGCUGGCAACAAUCCAAAGCUGUGGGGCGUGGAGAUUAAUGGACGUCGCGGCUAUGCCAACAGGGAUUUCAUCAUGGAGAAGAGAAUUGUGAUUAAAGAAAAGGAUCUCAAGCAUGAAGUGCCAGUAGCUUGGCCACCCAAACCAGCAACAGCUGCUGCAGCAGCAACAGCUCGCACUGCGAACAGUCCAGCUCAAGACCCACAAGUGCCGCUGGAGCCAGCUGUGCUCAAUGCCUCCGAGACAGUCGAUGAUAUAGCAACAACAACCACCUCGCCGCUGGACACACUCAAACUGGCCAUACUCACUGAGCAGGAGCAAACGAGCAGCAGUGAAGCACCAUCUCCCAUAACACCUGUACAGCCCAAUCUUCAGCUGGUCGAUGGCACGGAAUUGCCGCUGGAGGCUGUGGUCGCUGUUACAGAACGAACUCAGAACCUUUCCCAUGCAGACGCCACAAAUAGCGCAACCAAAAACAAUGCUGAGCUCGAGGGCAAACCGAAAAGCGAUGACACAUUCGAUUACGCGGCAGAUGACGCUGAAAUUUACGAGGAAGACGAAGACGAUGACGAUGUCGAGGAAACACUUGAUAGUCAAGUCAACGAUGUACAAAACGAAACAGAAGCCGAUAACAAAGCAAAUGCUGCAGCCGCUCAACUGGCCAAAACACCUGAGCCAGAGGCGGACGCUCGGCAAACGAAUGCGUCAGACGCAGAUAAGGAAAAGCAUGCAGCCUUAGCUGGUAACAAAAGUCCAGACGUUAUUCCUAAGGCAACUCCAGCUGCGCUGCUUAUAGAAACGCGCAAUGUCAGCGCUGUGCCCACAGAGGAGCAGCUGAAGCUGGAGGCAAAGCCACAAAUAGCAACAGUUGAGCAACCUGCACCAAGAGCAGAACCUGAUGCAGAGCUGCCCAAAGAGGAAACGAAAGCUCAGCUAAUGUCGGGUCCAGUCGCAGAGCCGAAGCCUCAAGAAGCAACCGCAACGGAGACUUUACCAAGUGAAACGCUAGCUCAGGUUCAGGCGCUAAGCGAGCAGAUUGAAAAGGAAAACCAAGUAAAAGAAGCCAGCUCCAAGCCAACGACAGACACAGCAGCAGAAGAAACCAGCAAGGCGCAAGCUGAAGGCGAAAUUAAGACGCAGCAGGAUCCAAUUGUAGCAGAACAAACACAAGAGCCGAAGGCAACGCAGUCAAAUGAAACUGAAUCCGUUAAGGUGCAAACCGAAGCGCCAGUUGCAGCCAAAGACGAGGAACCAACUGCGCCAAGCGAAGCACUGGAGGCAGCAGCUGUAAUCGAUACAGCCCAAAAAGAAACGCAGGCAAAAGUAGACGGAGCACAGACAGUCAAUGAUGUGGCUAGCUCGACGGCCACGCCCAUUGAGGACCCGGUUGUGCCAGCCAGCUUGCCUCCAUUGUUCAAUAAGCAGCAUUUCCAGCAUAAUCCAAAUGAAUACUACAAACAACUGCAGGAACAACAGCAGCAGGAGCAAAAGCAAAAGGAGCAACAACAGCUGCAGGAACAGCAGAAGCAGCAGCAGGAAGAGCAACAGCAGAAGGAGAAGCAGCAACAGGAGGAGCUGCUGGAACAGCAAAAGCAGCAGCAGGAAGAGCAACAGCAAAAGGAGAAGCAGCAGCAGGAGGAGCAGGAGCGACAACAGCUACUGGAAAGGCAGAAGCAGGAACAGCAGCAGCUACAACAGCUGCUGCAACAGCAGAAGCAGGAAGAGCAACAGCUACAGGAGAAGCUGCAGGCAGAGCAACAGCAGAAGGAGAAGCUGCAGGAGCAACUGGCCGGGAAUGCUCUGCUGCACACCACGCCCACGUCAGCCGCAUUUGAUGCAUAUGAUGCAGUUAACCAGGCAGAGCCAACGCCUGCGCCACCAGCACGCGGCGUAGCCGAGCAAAUCAUCGCUACCGACGCCGUGGAGCCAAUUGGAUUGCCAACAGAAACGCUCAAAGAAGAUGCCGGUCUGGGACUGGGUCUCUUUGGCACCAUUAUGGACACUGUCAACUCUUUUAUAUCCCAUCAAGAUCAUAAGGAACCAAAAACCGCGCCGCUUACAGGCAACGAUGAGCUGCAUCGUUUGCUCUAUCCAGAUGCGGCUAUUCCAGAAGCUGAUGCUCAUGGCGAGGGUUAUUGCACGCGGCCUUCGAAUGGUAACUGCCAUGCUGCCAUUACCCUGGACAAUUUCGUGGAGGUGCUGGCGGCGAAGCUGUUGGAACAUAGCCUGUUGUUGCUUUGCGUGGUCAUUGCGGCUGCCUCGUCGCUGUUCUUUAUAUUCACCUACUAUUGCUUCUGCAACAGCAGCCAGGAGGGUGCGCUGCUCGCCAAGCUGAAUCAUCUGGAGCGCAGUCUGCUGGCCGCGCACAAGGAGAACCUGAUAAUCAAGCACGAACUGAUGACAACACGCACGAAGCUCUCGAGCAUUGAGGAUAACUCCUUUGGCUCCAAUGAUAUGGUUGUCGCGCUGAAGAAACAACUCGAGACGGAACUGUACGAGAAGGCCAAGCUGCAGGAGCAGGUUAGCUCCUUGGAGAAGGAUUUGGAUAAUGCCGCCGAAGCGGGCUUGGAGCUGAACAAAAUGUUGUCCGAGGUGUUGAACAGCCAGAAUGGCGACGAGGCAUUCAUGAGCACUGUUGACGAGCUGCAGCGCCAGCUGAACGAUCAGGAAAAGAUCAUCAUUGACAUUAACGCAAGUCUGGCGGAGAAGAGUCGCGAGAAUAGCGAGCUGCAAUAUUCCUAUACGGAGUCGACAACGCGCCUGAACAGCGAAAUGAAGUCGCUGCAGCAGGAUAAUUACGAGCUGGAAAUGGACAAGUCGAAGCUGCAGACGCGCCUUGAGGAAAUCCAAGCGGAGUCCGAGCAGGAGCUAGCCAAGGCUCUAGAGGCGCGCAACUACGAAAUGCAGCGGCUGCAGCAUCAGAUCAUGGAACUGAAUGCCAAAUACGACAAAGAGCACAGUGAACUGCAGACCAGCCAAGCCAAAAUCGAGGCGCUCGAAGAUUGCCUCAAAGCGAUCAAGAAGGACGGCAACACCAAUCUUCAGGAACUAAUUACAUCAGCAAAGACACGCGGCGAACUGAAUGCAGCGCAGAAAAAGUUUAUGUCGCUGCAAACGAAGCUGGAACAGGAACUGGCCAACAAGGCGCGUCUCGAGAGUCAGCUGCAGGCAUCCAGUGCGGACGUCGAACAGCUUAAACAGGACUUCAAUCAGUCCGAACGGGACAAACUCGAGGCGCAAACGCGUCUUGAAGUGCUCUCCGGCUAUUUCCGCGAAAAGGAAACGCAGCUGCAAAAAGAGCUCAGCUUGCAGGAGGCCAAGUGGCUGCAGCACCAGGGCGAGAAUGCCAGCACUGUGGAGACGCAAACGCUGAUGAAAAAUGAAAUUCAGAUGCUGAAAUCUCAAAACGAUGAGCUGCGCGCCGAGAUUGAGGCACAGAUUGCCUCGCACAAGGCACAGAUGGGCACGCUGGAGAAUCGUGCGCACGAGUCCUGGCUGGCGGCGCGUCAAUCCGAGCGUCGCUGCGAGGAGGCGCAGGCCGAAGCCGCCGGCCUGCGGCGCAAGCUGACGGCCAUGGCAAGUGGAUCGGGCGAUGUGUCGCUGGAUGCGCUGCCCGCCAACGGCGGCAUUUUGGGCGCAAACGAACUGACGACCACGCCGUCGCCGUUGCCAUUGCCCGGCUCGCCCGGUCUGUUGAGCAUGCCCAAUCCACUGCCAUUCCUGCCGGCGCCGUUCACGCCGUUUAUGGGGCUGCCGCCGCCAUUUUUGCCACCAUCAGUAGCUGCCGGCGGUGCGCGUCCACCGCCGCUGGGCCGCAUGCGCUCGCCGCCGCCGACCUCGUCGUCGCGCGAUCGUUACUCACCGCAUCGCGAUGACCGCGACGACUACACCGACUACGAUGACUACGACGACGACGAUGAUGAUGAUCGCGGCAUGGACCGGCACAGGCGACACAGCGGCAGCUGGGGCCGUCGCGGCUCCUACAUGCACUCGCCGCGCACAUAUCGCUCGCUGUCGCCAUCGGACAGCCGCUACAAUUAUAACGAUACGGAAACGGACUUCAGUCCGCCGCCGAGCCCUCCGCCCCCGCGUAAGAGCUCGCGACCCAUCAACGAAGUAUGAAAUGCGGCACUGUGUACUUUACAGAAAGCAAAAACAAAAAAGGACAACAACAUCCUAAAAUAUUAUGUACGAGUAGUUGCAGAAACUCAAAACUAGUUCAAAUCUAUGUAUAUUUAUUACUGAUCAUCGGGUUAACUACGACUAAGAGCGACUCACAUACUUAUAUACACACAAUUCCCAUAAUACGAAUUUGAGGCAUUUUCAAAAUAAUAACAUCAACAAUUUGGUGGCUCAAUGGCAAAUGAUAUCAAAUGGAAAACAAAAAUAAACCAAACAUUAAAAACACCAAAA